AUGGAAAAGAUGAACAACAAAUUCGACUUGGUUUCAGACGAUUCCGAUCACAAAUACCGACUCGACAACAUCGGCGGAAAUUGCUUCAGCAAUACAAGAAGUUCCAUAUACAAAAGAAUCAUGAAAGAGUGGAAAAUCCUCGAAAAGAAUCUCCCUGAUUCCAUCUACGUUAGAGCCUAUGAAAGCCGUAUUGAUUUGCUACGCGCAGUCAUCGUUGGCGCUGCCGGUACACCUUACCAUGACGGCCUCUUCUUCUUCGACAUUCAAUUCCCCUCCGAUUACCCAAACAUCCCGCCAAAGAUUCAUUACCACUCAUUCGGGUAUAGUCUAAACCCUAAUCUCUACCCUAACGGCAUGGUUUGUUUAAGCCUUCUUAACACAUAUGUCGGUGAAAAGUGCGAAAAGUGGGAUCCAUCAAGUUCAACUAUUCUUCAGGUUUUAGUUUCGAUUCAAGGGCUCGUUCUCAACGAGAAGCCACUUUUUAACGCUCCUUUUUAUCGUGUGUUUAAACGUUCUUUUCAUGAAAAAAAGUCUCGUGAUUUCAUAGAAGAUACUUUCGUACGCACGUGCUACACUAUUGUUAACCUAAUUCGGAAACCACCUAAGAAUUUUGAGGUUUUUGUGAAGGAACACUUUCGUGAAAGAGGUCAUGUUCUUCUUGCUGCAUGUAGAGAGUAUGUGAAUGGACGCUUGAUGGUUGGGUAUUAUAAUUACAACAACAAGCAAAUGGCAUCGUCGUCUUCAUCGACCUCGAUGACAGGUAUUAAGGUUAGGGAGUCUUUUCAGAAGUCUUUACAGUCUGCUUACGGCAAUAUGUAUAAGCAGUUUAUAAAAUGUGGUGCUUCUGUGGAGGGUUUUCUUCAAGAGUUGGAGCUUGAAGAACAAGGCAAGGACAGAAGCAAGAGUAAGAGUAAGAGAUCCAACGGUGGGAGUAGAAUAUUCAAGAAAGCUAUGGGGAAGAUCAAACUAGCUUUGGGAUUGAAGAAGAAGUAG